AUGGACAAACAGGUGAGUUACAAGUUGAUAUUAGAAACAAUAUUCUCAAGCACAACUACAUCAUCUUCCACGAUCCCAUCUACAUCAUCUUCCACGAUCCCAUCUACAUCGAUUGCUACAACUACAUCAGAGCGACCUCAGGCGGACAUAGCCUCACCAUGUUCCUCCCACAUGCCAGGAGACGUGGACUCCCAGACAGUAGACCUGAUAGCCGUGUACCGCCUAGACCGCCGUGAUACCAAGGGAGUGACCUUAGUUCAAGGCUCUCAGGACCUUCAAAGGGCCUACAGAAUUGGGCUCGAUGUGAAUCUGACUCUGCCGUUGAAGGAGGUAUUUCCAGCAGGGUUGCCCCCUCAUUUUACCGUGGUCGGUACCUUCAAUGCUCGGGGCCAGCGUCGGCCCUGGAGUCUGGUCCGCGCUCGGUCAGAGUCCAGCUUGCAGUUUGCGCUCACCAUGUUGCCGGUCACCAAAAAAAUCGUCGUUUUCAUCGGAGGGUCCAGGGUCAUGUUCAAUAGUUGGGAUAUUUUCACUCCAGGUUGGCACAAGAUCCACGCUUCCAUUACCAACAAUACUGUACACGUGGCCGUCGACUGUGUUGACUUAAUGCCUGAAAAAAUCACGACUGGUGACUUCACAAAUGCUACUUCCGUGACCAUCGUUUCGAAUGACGACGGUUCUUCUGCACCUAUAGACUUACAAUGGCUGUCGUUAAGUUGUGACCGGUACAACUUGAGUCGAGAUACCUGCGAAGAAAUUGAUAAGCCUCAAUUUAUAGUAGCUACACCAUCACCAAAGUACGACGUGGAUCCUGCAUUACUGGCAGAUCCGAACGAAGGCGUUGCUUGCAAUAUGACAUGUCCUGCAGGCCCCGAAGGACCACGUGGUCCUAAAGGAGAACAAGGACCAAGAGGAUACACUGGUAUACCGGGUAUACGCGGUGUGAAAGGUGAUACCGGGGUACCGGGUUUGCCCGGACUGAAAGGGGAUAGAGGCGACCCGGGUCCUCCGGGCCCCAUUGUUAAUGUUUCAGGUCCGGGUUAUGUCGGACCACCAGGGGAGCCCGGUCGUCGUGGACUAAAGGGAGACAAAGGAGAUAUUGGCCAAAAAGGUGAACCGGGUGACGUUGGGUUGGUUGGCCUCGCAGGAGUCCCAGGUGCUGAUGGCAAAGAUGGUUUACCUGGGCCCCCGGGGCCCGUAGGACCCCCUGGAGCCCGUGGCUUCCCAGGACCACCGGGCCCCACUAGCGCUAUCAAUGCUUCGCUGAUUCAUGGAGCAAAGGGUGACAAAGGCGCACCGGGUCGGGAUGGCAGAGACGGCUUCAUAGGCCCUCCUGGACCACCGGGACACGACGGCAUGAGAGGGCCCCCAGGACCACAAGGAUUCCCUGGUGCUAAUGGUUUGCCCGGUAACAUGGGCCCACCUGGCCAACCGGGCCCCACGGGGAAAUCAGGACUUGAUGGACUACCGGGUCCAAUAGGUCCACCAGGGUUGCCGGGUCUACCUGGCCCGCCCGGUCGGCCGGGGACCGCUGAUUCAACACCAAUGCUGCCCAUACCCGGACCUCCGGGCCUUAUGGGGCCCAAGGGAGAGAGAGGCGAGCAAGGUUUUCCAGGGCUCCCUGGUCCAGCAGGGUUGGAUGGGCUCCCCGGUCAGAGAGGACCACCUGGGCUGCCUGGAAUACCAGCACCACCUAGUAUCGUGCGGGAGGCUCCUUCAAUAUCUGAAGCUGAAAUAAGGAAUAUUUGUGAAGAUGUUAUAAAAAUGCGACUCAACGAAUUUUCUUCGAAUCAAAUAUUGGUGCCUCCAACGGUAGUAGGCAAGAGAGGUCAUCCAGGCCGGCCAGGCCCACCAGGACCACCAGGAAUACCAGGCCUCUCAGGAGAGCCGGGUCCCAGAGGAUAUCCGGGCGAAACAGGGGACCCGGGUAAACCUGGCAGCAUGGGCCCAUCUGGGCAGAAAGGAGACAAAGGCGAGAGGGGCCCACAAGGUAUCGGGGUCCAAGGACCAGAAGGACCACGGGGACAAAUUGGUCCAGUUGGUCCCCCAGGAUACCCGGGCAGAACUGGAAGCAGGGGUGACCCUGGGCGAGAAGGUCCAAUUGGUCCCCGCGGCCAUCCAGGACUUCGUGGAACCUGCGAUUGUCCAAUGGCAUACUACGCAUAUUCCCCACAAGGACUCAACAAAGGGCCAGAUUAAAAAUAUUGUAAAAUACUCGUACUUAAUAAAAUAUCUCAAAUCACU